AUGUGGUUGUUUAAAUUCACUUAUGACCACACAAUCAUUCUACUAAUCCUUGGCUUUUGUUCAGCCGUGACAGGAGAGCGGCUUAAGGAUCCGAAAAAUAAACUAAAAAUCGCAAACAUAGUUGUCACCAAUUUCACUUGCGCACACAAAUUGGCACAUAUUGUGGAAUCGGUGGCAUGUUCAAGGGCUGUGCAUAACAAUCGCACCUAUCUAUAUGGCUCUUUGAUACUUCGUCAGCCACUGGAACGCCUGGAUGUUAAUAGUCUACUUGAUAUUUAUGGACCAAAUGGACAACGUGUGAAUAUUUUUAAUAUAAAAACAGAUGGUUGUGCAGUAUUGGCCGCUAAAAGGCAUGACAUCUACGUAGUCGAUAAUAUAUUGAAAUUGAUGUACGCAACAGUUAAUGAAGCGCCAGUUUGUCCAUUGAAAGCGCACUUUAACUACACGGUCACGGCUUUAGAUAUCAACAAAUGUAAAGUACCUGCCUUCUUACCCAAAGCUAAAUUUCGUGCUGCUGUCUAUUUUCGCUUGGAAGGACGUCAGAGUGCCAGUCUUGUGCUUGAUGGUUAUCUGACCAAUUGA